UUUCUCUCUUCCCAUCUCUCCCGAGCUUUGGCAUGCUUUGCCUUUUUAUCUGUACGUACGGGAAAUGCAAGUAGGUGUUGUAGCUGUGGAGUGGUGCGGGUGAAAUGAGCGCCGGAGCUUACGGUAGCAAAUUCCACAAAAGACGUCAGCAUCGCGCCCUCUGCUUGGCUUCCUUUCCUCCCCAUUCGCGUGCCCUCCUUUUGCGCGCACUGUCAGAUCUCUCUCUUCCUCUGUCUGUCUGUGUGUUGUCUCAACUUUAUCGCGCUCUGUAGUCUAGUCUAAUCUCUCAUUUCUCGGUCCUCUGCUCUCUUCACUGUGCUCCGUGCUCCCUGUCUCUCUCGCUCUAGGCUGGGAUUUUUCUCUCUCUAGGGUUUGUGUCUUAGCGUUUCUCCAAAUUCCUUCCCUUGUUUUUAAGUUCCGUCCCUGUUUCAUCAACCAGGAGAUGCGUCGAAGACGAAGCUCGGUUCUGGGUUUUUAAGCGAAAUAUUCUAUCCGUUUUGAAAACCGAUGCUUUGGGUGAUGAUUCUUAAGUCGGACCGUGUGCGUGAUUAAGCAAAUCUAUGGAAUGUCUCCGAUGAUCAAGAUACAUUAUGAGGAGCUUAAGUUUGAGGCAAUGGGCAGUGGCGUUUGCAUCUGGAAAUGAAGGAGAGACAGCGUUGGAGAGCUGAAGAGGACGCUUUGUUACGUUCCUAUGUCAAACAAUAUGGCCCUAGGGAGUGGAAUCUUGUGUCACAGCGCAUGAACACACCCUUAAACAGGGAUGCCAAAUCCUGCUUAGAAAGGUGGAAGAACUACCUCAAACCUGGAAUAAAGAAGGGAUCCCUCACUGAGGAGGAGCAGCGACUUGUUAUCCGUCUUCAAGCAAAACAUGGCAACAAAUGGAAGAAAAUUGCAGCUGAAGUCCCAGGUCGUACUGCUAAGAGACUAGGCAAGUGGUGGGAAGUGUUUAAAGAGAAGCAGCAGAGAGAGCAAAAGGAGAACAACAAGGCAGUUGAACCCAUUGAGGACAGCAAAUACGAUAGGAUCCUUGAGACUUUUGCAGAGAAGCUUGUGAAAGAGCGUGCUGCCCCAGCAUAUCUCAUGGCCACUUCCAAUGGCAGUUUUCUACAUACUGACCCACCUGCUCCUGCACCAGCAUUGUUACCUCCAUGGCUUUCAAAUUCCAAUGGCACCUCCACAGUCAGGUCACCCUCCCCUUCUGUAACCCUCAGCCUCUCUCCCUCAACAGUUGCUGCUCCUCCACCAAUCCCAUGGUUGCAGCCUGAUAGAGGACCGGAUAGUACUCUUGUUUUCUCCAAUUUGCCGCCUCAAGCUUCAGUCCCUGUUUGUGGAGAGAGCAUGUUGAUAUCAGAAUUAACAGACUGUUGCAGAGAUUUGGAAGAAGGACACCGUGCUUGGGCAGCACAUAAGAAAGAAGCAGCCUGGAGGUUAAGAAGGGUAGAGCUGCAACUGGAAUCAGAGAAGGCAUGCCGGAGGAGGGAAAAGAUGGAAGAGAUUGAGGCAAAGGUGAAGGCUCUCUGGGAAGAGCAGAAGGUUGCUAUGGAUAGAAUUGAAGGAGAAUACCGGGAACAAUUAGCGGGACUGAGGAGGGAUGCAGAAGCGAAGGAGCAGAAGUUGGCUGAACAAUGGGCUGCAAAGCACUUGCGUCUUUCCAAAUUUCUUGAGCAGAUGGGCUGCAGACCAAGGGUUGCAGAGCCUAAUGGCCGAUGAGGAAGAUCUAUAUACACAACACAAUGGGGUUGUUUGUAACAUGUUUAUCUGAAUCGUCGUAUGCUUACCUUGUUUGCUUGAUCAUGUGUCCAUUCUGCUCUGAUAUUCUAUUAUAGGUAAUACGCGUCUUUAUCUUGUACUGUCUAUUUAUUGGCUGGACCGACUGAAUGAAUGUAAGGCAGCAUUUGCUGAACCUCGGGUUACUUGCAUUUUACCUUUUCUUUGAGCUGUAAAUUAUAAUUAUAUUCGAAUUGUUGCUUUUA